AUGUUCAAAAAUGAUAUAUUUGAUACAGCAGUGCCCUCUCCGUCAGAUUCGGAAUGCGAACCGACGGAACCACUGGGAAGAGGGAAUGUGAACAGUGGAGGCCAGUCUGAGUCCGAAAACAGGACAGAGACGGGCCCGAAUGAGGACCGCAAGAGCGGUCGCGGUCAGAUGAAGCAUGUCAGAAUAGUAGUGGAUGAGGAUACCAGCGGUGGCGACGAGGAGGCCUACGAUGAGGACGACGAGGAUGGCGGGGAGGAUGACGGCAACGAGGGAGAAGAAAGAACCUCUAGACUGCCGAGUCUACCGACGUUCCAGAAGAGACCGUUGAGUGAUACUCCAGUCACAAGUACGUGGAAUUCGCCAUCAAGCUCAGCAGACACAACACCGCUGACGUCUCCGGAAGCUAGUUCUACGAAUUUAGCGCAAAUGCACCGUGCCUUGUUACGUCCUGGAGCAACAGCGACGAGGGGUAACCUGAGUGCACCAAUGGUGCCAACCACAAACAAUAAUGCUAGCAAUGGAAAUAUCGCGACAUCUACGGUGCUACCUAUGGGGGCUACAGGUGCUAUAUCGCCUUCAAAAUUUCAGCAUCCUGCUAGACGGCCUACCACCAUCGAUGUUCCCGGUUUGACUAAAUCGAAAUCUUCACCCGACGGUACCAUCUCUAGAGAAGAUCCUGGAUCCAAGUUGGUUAUCGUAAUGGUUGGUUUACCAGCUACGGGUAAAUCCUUCAUUACUAAUAAACUGUCAAGAUAUCUAAACUUUUCAAUGUAUUACUGUAAAGUUUUCAAUGUUGGUAAUACAAGAAGACAAUUUGCCAAAGAGCACGGUUUGAAUGAUCAAGAUUCCAAUUUUUUUGACCCAAAGAACAGCAAAUAUUCGAAAUUAAGGGAUAAAUGGGCUCUGGAUACUCUAGAUCAAUUAUUGGAUUACUUAUUGGAGGGACCGGGAUCGGUCGGUAUUUUCGAUGCAACAAAUACAACAAAUGAACGAAGAAAAGUGGUGUUAGAAACUAUAAGAAAGAGAAAUGCACAUCUGAAAGUCCUUUUUUUGGAAUCCGUGUGUUCAAAUAAAUCAGUCGUGGAGAAGAAUAUUCAGUUGAAGUUAUUUGGCCCCGAUUAUAAAGGUAAAGACCCUGAAUCUUCAUUAAGAGACUUUAAGGAAAGACUGGUGAAUUAUAUGAAAGCCUACGAGCCAAUUGAAGAUGAAGAGAAUAUUCAAUUCAUCAAAAUGAUAGAUGUUGGCAAAAAAGUUAUCGCAUAUAAUAUUCAAGGAUUCUUGGCUUCACAAACAGUUUAUUAUUUAUUAAAUUUCAAUUUGACGGAAAGACAAAUCUGGAUAACAAGAAAUGGCGAGAGUGAAGACAAUGUUUUGGGUAGACUAGGAGGUGAUUCAAAUUUGACUCGUCGCGGUGAGAAUUAUGCUCGUGCACUAGCAAAAUUUAUGGAUUUUCAAAGAGCAAAAUUUUAUGCAGAUGAAUGUGAGAAGCAGCACAAUAAAAUUCAUCAAAAUGGUGGUGUGGACACAAAUAGUAAUGAUAAUGAUACCGACAAUAAUAAAAAAAACAAAAAUGACAAAGUUAAAUUUAAUAAUGACGAUGAUGAAGGCUACCAGUGUAAUGAGUUUUUCGUUUGGACAAGUAUGCGUAAUAGAUCGAUAGAAACAGCAAAAUAUUUCAACGAAGAAGAAUAUCCAAUCAAGCAAAUGAGAAUGCUUGAUGAAUUAAGUGCAGGAGAUUAUGAGGGUAUGACAUAUCCAGAAAUUCAAGAUGAAUUUCCAGAUGAAUUUGAAGAAAGAAGAAAGGAUAAAUUAAGGUACCGCUAUCCUGGAAUUGGUGGCGAAUCAUAUAUGGAUGUUACAAAUCGUUUGAGACCUGUCAUAACGGAAAUUGAAAGGAUCCAGGAUAACGUCUUGAUAAUUACACAUAGAGUCGUUGCAAGAAUUUUAUUAGGAUAUUUUAUGAACUUGAAUAAAGAUAUUAUUUGCAAUGUUGAUGUACCAUUACAUUGUGUUUAUUGCUUAGAAUUAAAACCUUACGGAAUUACAUGGGCUCUUUGGGAAUACGACGAAGUAAAUGACAGAUUUUUCAAAGUUCCUCAAUCUGAAAUGAAUACAACGAAGGUUAAAGAAAAUGAAUUGGUCUUUGCAGAAAGACGGUAUUCUGUUGUUCCUACGGCUCCACCGAGUGCAAGCAGUCCAUCUAGUGAUUCGCUACCAAAGAGAUCAAGUUCAAGCAGAUCCUCCUCGCUCUCAAGGGUUGAAGAGGGAAACGAGUCCUCCAAAACUUCUGAAACUAAAGGAGAUAUUCAUCCUACCUCUCUGACUUCAGUCCCAUUUCCUCCCCCUAUAUCGAGUGGAGCAAAUCUUAUCGAUGGUGGUGGUACAAGUAUAUCGACAAGUAGGCAAAGGCUAGCCAUGCCAUUACAAUCGCAUCCAAAACCCUCAGUUUUAACUAAUAAUAAUUCUGAGAAUUCAAAGCUUGUCAGAUCUCCAAAAAAAGGAUUUGAAAUUGAUCAGUUAAAUGAAAAAUUAUCAAAAUUAAAAGCAAAUGCCUCCGAGAAUGAAACGCUCAAAAGUAUUGACAAAAAAAUUACUGAUUAA